AUGUCCGAGCGCGAUGGACUGUGUAGCGACGGCGCUCCGGACUUUAUCCCGGCCAGAGUGUCCCGCGGCCGGCGGAGCGGUGUCACGCUGCCCGGCGGUCCGGACCCGGAGACCAUAGUGAUGGAGUCCGUGAAGGUAGCACCGCGUCGUAGCAGCAUCAUAAAGGAUCCUUCAGUGCAGAAAGUGGGCGGAGGCAGAAAGAAGACCGUGUCAUUCAGCAGCAUGCCCUCAGAGAAGAAGGUUAACAGCGCAGCCGACUGCCUGGCCUUCAUGCAGGGCGGAUGUGAGCUGAAGAAAGUGCGCCCAAACUCCAGGAUCUACUGUCGCUUUUACACAUUGGAGGCUGACCUGAGCUGCUUGCGCUGGGAACCGUCCAAGAAGGACGGGGAACGGGCACGUCUGGACGUCUCCAGCAUUCGAGAAGUGCGGACCGGGAAGAGCACCGAGACCUUCCUGCAUAACGGACUCCUCUCUGAACAACUUGCUGAGGAAGCCGCGUUCUCUGUCAUACAUGGAGAGGACUACCAGUCUCUGGACCUGGUGGCACUCUCUGCGGACGUGGCCAACAUUUGGGUGACCGGACUCCGCUACCUGCUGGCACACCCAACUGCCGUCGGAGCUGGACUGGGAGGAGGUGGCGGUAUGGGAGAUGGAGGAACGAUGGAGGGCAGUCUGGGUAGCAAACUGAGGAACGAGUGGCUGGCAACAGAGUUUGCCCGAGUGGAUGAAGAUGGUUAUGGCAUCGUGUCUGAGGAUGUGGCAGUCAAGACCAUUGUUAAACUUUGUCCUGGCAUUAAGGAGGCUAAGGUCCGUCUGCGCUUCAAGGAGAUCCAGCGUAGUAAGGAGAAGCUAACGUCCCAUGUGACGCGCGAGGAGUUCCAGGAGGCCUACUGCGAGCUGUGCACCCGGCCGGACGUCUACUUCCUUAUGGUACAGUUGGCCAAGGACCGUGAGUGUCUGGACCCUCAGGACUUGCGCCUCUUCUUGGAGACGGAGCAGGGGCUGUCCUUGGCCACAACCGAGGGCUGCUUGGAGCUCCUGAGACGCUAUGAGCCCUCGGCACAGGGCAAGGAGAGAGGGCUGCUGGGAUUGGACGGCUUUGCUCGCUAUCUGCAGUCUCCUGAGUGCCAGCUGCUGGAUCCUGAGCACGAGGGAGUGUGCCAGGACAUGAACUUGCCCCUCUCACACUACUACAUUAGCACCUCGUACCGGUCCUACCUUCUAGAUGAUCAGGUCCAUGGCAGAGCGGACCUAGGCGGGCUAAUUAAAGCACUUCAGUCUGGGUGUCGGUGCCUGGAGCUCGGAGUAACAGACGGCCCAGAGGGGGAGCCUCUACUUGGAGUUGACUAUGGUCCAGAUAUCUCUUGUCAUCAUCAUCAGCACCAUGCACCCGUCACCAUCCGCUCUGCUUUGGAGGUGGUCAACAAGUACGCCUUCCUGACCUCGCGAUAUCCACUCCUGUUGUACUUGUGCCAACGCUGCUCGCCUGCCCAGCAACGUACAAUGGCACAGCAUCUUAAGAAGGUGCUUGGCUCCCGGCUUUACACUCCGGAAUCCCUACCGGUCAGUCUUGGGAGUCGAGCCACCACCUUACCUUCCCCAGAACAGCUGAAAGGACGUGUCCUACUAGUGGGCAAGAAACUUCCUCCAGAGCAUGAAGGAUCUGAUGGAGAGGUGUCUGAGGAGGAAGAAGAGAUAGGAGGAGGUGGUCCUCUAGCUGGACGACGAAUGACCAUUCCGGGUGAGGAGGAUCUUGGUGUCGUAUUGGUAGUACCGCCGCCCUCGCAACCAAGGAAGCUCCGGCUACACAAAGAACUCUCUGAUUUGGUAGCCAUUGCUCGGACAGACAGCCGCCACUUUUACGCCCAACGAGCUGUUCAUAAGCAGCAUUCGCCACCCAGCAGUCCAGGGUCUCCUGGGACUCCCUUGAUGAACGAGACACCAUACUGGACUUUGUGCUCCCUGGGCGAGGGUGAGGCAGGGCGGUUGACUACAGAGAGCCCAGAAGACCUCGUCAUGUUCACCAAGCGCACUUUAACAAGGGUGCGGCCCAGCUCGGUGCGCCUAGACUCCAGCAACCCCAACCCACAGGGAUAUUGGAAAGGAGGUGUGCAGCUCGUGGCCUUAAACCAGCAGACCCCUGGAGCCAUGCUGGACCUUCACAAGGGCCGCUUCUCUCAAAAUGGGGGGUGUGGUUAUGUUCUUCGACCUGCCGUCAUGAGGGACGAGGUGUCGUAUUUCAGCGCCCAUACGCAUGGAUGCGUGCCUGGUGUACCACCGCAAACUCUUCGAAUUAAGGUUAUUAGUGCACACAACCUACCUAAACCUCAGGGAUCAGGUGCCAAAGGAGAGGUCAUUGACCCCUACGUGGUCCUGGAACUUCACGGAAUACCAGCUGACUGUGCAGAACAGCGUACACGCACUGCUCUCCAGAACCAGGAUGACCCCCUCUUUGACGAGACCUUUGAAUUCCAAGUCAACAUGCCCGAGCUUGCCCUUCUUCGUUUCGUCGUGCUGGAUGACGACUACAUUGGAGACGACUUCAUCGGCCAGUUCAGCGUGGCGUUUGAGUGCCUUCAGUCCGGCUACCGCAACGUGCCCCUGCUAGACCUGACGGGGGAAACCUUACCUCACGCCAGCCUCUUUCUCCACGUGGCUGUCACUAACCGACGAGGGGGCGGCAAGGCCCACCGCAGAGGCUUGUCGGUGAGGAGGGUGGGCCGGCGCGGGCGCGAGUAUGUCACAUUGAGGAACACGGGUAUCAAGACAGUAGACGAGACCUUCAAACUGGCCGGCGCACCCCUGAAAGAGGUGAUGGACCUGCGGGAGGAAGCUCAGGGUACCAUUGCCAGUUUCAAAGAACAGUGUGGGCUCCCCACGGUGGCCAAACUCAAACAGUGCAUCCAGAGCCUGGCCACCAGGCUGCAAAGCCCAGAGGGCACCAUCGGGGUCACAAUGGUGCUGAAGGAGGGCUACCCAUGUCUAGAGGCCCUCGUCACUGUGUCCGAGCCCACACGCAAGCUGCUCUCUGCCUAUGACACGAUGAUUGCGGCCCAGAAACAGCUGAUUGAGAAUGCUGAUGGCGUCCAGGAAAGGAUUGCACAGGUGCAGAGAGCAGGCAUGGAAUUCCAUGAAGAUCUGUCUCGUUUGGGGGAGAAGGAAGGCAUGAAAGGGUGCAAGCUGAGCAAAGCUGUGGAAAGCUUCACUUGGAACGUCACUGUACUCAAGGGUCAGAGCGACCUGCUCCGUGGAGCCAAGAUGGAUGCUCUGGAUGCUCUGAGGCAGGUGGCGUUGGCCUGCGAGGCCUCUGGACUCACCUCGUCCGCCUCCAACUCCUCCUCAUCCACUUUCACCACGGCUGAGCUGCACUACACCUCUCAUAACCUUACCGUGCGCCGAAGCAGCACGCACAGCAACGGACGCAUCUGA